UAUGCAAAGGUUAUCAUCUCUAUUAAUUGGAUUUGGAUUAGGAAUUUUUGGAAUGAGCUUACUAUAUGAUCCAUGGGGAUAAGUAAAUAAUAAUUAUAUGUAGGAACGAUUUGAAAGAACAGUAAGAGAAACAGCAAGAUUAGAAAACUCAAUUCUUAAUAAUGUGGAUAUUUAUUUAUAGAUGAGAAUGUUUCUUGGAUAUGUCUUAGUUGCUUGUUCAUUUGUAACAAUGAAUAGGUAAUAUUUAAUUAUUAUUAUAAAAGAAUUGGUUUACUUUAUGUGCUCUCAAUACCAGCCUUAUUAGUUUAUGCUGCAAUCAAUUAUAAUCAUGUAUUAUACAAAUCAGAAAGACUUGGUGGUGAGUAAACUAUAUAAGGAGCUUUAUUUUAUAUUGCAUUUUGUUUUGCCUUGAUUGAUGCAUUAAUAAAACCUAAGAAAUUGCCAUAACCACAAUAAAACUAAAAAAAAGUAGAAAAGAAAAAAAACGAAUGAU